AUGGGGGCGAUGACGUCGUCGGUGGCGGCGAAGUUUGCAUUUUUCCCGCCGGAUCCGCCGUCGUACAGGUUGUUUGUGGAGAAAGGGACAAGGAAGCUGAGGAUGACGGAGGUGGUGGAUAAGGAGGACGUAGAAGUUCUGAGAUUGAAGACAAAGAAGGGAACGGAGAUCGUGGCGAUGUAUGUGAAGCAACCGGCGGCGACGCUGACGCUGUUGUAUUCUCACGGGAAUGCUGCUGAUAUAGGGCAGAUGUAUGAUCUUUUUUAUGAACUCAGCAUCAUCCUCCAAGUUAAUUUGAUGGGGUAUGAUUAUUCCGGAUAUGGACGGUCCACAGGCAAGGCAAGUGAGGAAAACACUUAUGCUGACAUAGAAGCUGUGUAUGAAUGUCUACGAGAAACUUACGGGGUGAAAGAAGAGGAUAUAGUACUGUAUGGACAAUCUGUUGGAAGUGGGCCUACUUUGGAGUUGGCAUCCCAAUCUCAGAUGUCUAAAUUAAGGGCUGUGAUACUUCACAGUCCUAUUCUGUCUGGACUCAGAGUUAUGUAUCCUGUUAAACGCACAUAUUGGUUUGAUAUUUAUAAGAAUAUUGAUAAGAUCCCACUAGUUCGAUGCCCAGUCUUGGUUAUUCAUGGUACUGAGGAUGAUGUUGUAGAUUGCUCACAUGGUAAGCAGCUCUGGGAGCUUAGUAAAGAAAAGUAUGAGCCGUUAUGGAUUGAUGGUGGCAAUCAUUGUGAUCUAGAGCUUUACCCUGAAUAUAUUAAGCAUUUGAAGUCCUUCAUUUUAGCCAUUGAGAAACGGUAUGGAUCUUCUGCCAGCAGCAAGGGUUGCCAACCGCAGUCAAGACAAAAGGAUCAGGAUGGGAAGUUGAGAGCAAGCACAUAUCCUAGGGAUAAAGCUGCAGCCUACGCUGAAAAGAGAGAGAGAUCACAAAAGAGUUUGGGUUAUGCAAAUAAUAGUUGAGAUCACUCGGAAAGAGCAAAGAUCUGUUGCACUUGACAUAGAUAGAUGUCCGAAAGUUUCUUUUGGUUAUAUUCAUAUAAAUUGAUGCUUUUCCAUUUAUAUUUCAUUUUGUGAAAGUCGCACAUUUUCUUCCUUGACUGGUGGAAUCAAAUAUGGCAGCUUUGGAGACAUGAUGUGAUCUGCUGGGUUGCGCAAUAUCAAUCUUGGAGACUACGCUCUGAGGACAGGACAGGGAGGAGGUCAGUUAGAAUACUAGGAUAUCUUUCGCUGAAUUUUUUUAUGGUUAGCUUGAUCAGGCUCGAAAUCGCGGAUCGCACUUCUGGGUCGUCGCCUACGCUUCGCCCCCGAUCUCCAGGAUUCUGAGGAUGAAAGAAAACGUUAUCUAGUCGGGUAAAAACCCGAUGAAGAUACUCCGACGCUCAAGUUAGUAUAGACUCUAAUGGAAAAUAUCAGUUGUAGAAAUGUAAAAAUUAUUCUCUAUAAUGCGGAGUUAAAAAAGUUACCUUAUUC